AUUAUCAAAACCUGACCGUUUUACACGACUUCUCUUCAAUAUCAACCUUUAACAACGACUAGUAAGUGAUAUACUUGAAUAUUACUGAAUCACUAUGAGUAUUGAAGAGAUUAGUAGUGGUUUAGAGUCACUUCAAAUGGGUGACGAUUCAGUCAUCAGCCUUUUAACGAAAAAGGGCGACAACUUAAAUGUUUUACUGGACUCAUUGGAUAAUCUAAUAGCAUAUUCUAAAGACGCUAAGCAUGUAAAUACAUUAUAUGAAUUAUUAAUUAAUGAUUCAGAUUCAUUUCUUAGUGGACUCUACCGAGUGGGAGAUAAGAAAGCAAUUGUACUUUUCAAUACACUUUCAAAACAUAAAGUUAGUUCUGAGAUAAUUCAAAAUAUUCUCUCAGUAAUACGAUUAAAGCUAAAGAAAGAUAUACAUAUCGAUAUAAAUAGAGAUGUUACUAUUGAUAUCCCACUAGAAAUCUUCUAUGUUAAUGUAUAUCUUAAUCUUAUUACCCAAUUUGAUAUUUCCAUACCUCAUCAUAUUCAAGUUUUAUUAGGUUUACUUAAUCCAAUAGCCUUUAAAGAUCAUGAUGAAGAUUAUAAAGAAAUAUCACGAUUAGUAUUAUUAAUAAUUGUUAAGAAUAUUAAUCUUAAUAAAUCCAAAACCAUUGAAAUCAUCGAAGAUUAUCUUGAGAUUCUUUAUGAAGAUGAUCAAUUAACUAUGAACCAAUUUUUAAAUAUGGUUGAUGUACUUGAAUUAAUUUUCCCAAUCUUACCAGAAGUUGCUACUCAAGCUUAUACUAAUGAUAAGACAAAAGAUCAUAUUAUUGGACAAGUAUCGGAGAUAUCACAAGGCAGUUUACAGAUCAAUCGAUUAAGAAUCAUUCAUUUAUUAAACCUCAUUAAUAGUUCUUGUAUAGUAGAUCAUUGUCGAAGUUAUAAUUCUACAAAUUUCUUUCAUUUACUUAAAUUAGGAACAGAAUUUAACCAAGAUGAAGAGAUUCAAAUCUUAUCAACUUUAGAUAUUAUUAAACUAUGGAACUUUGUUGAACUUAAUCAGAAAAAGGAAUCGGAUUUAUCCAUUACUAUUGAACAACUUGGACAUAUUAUAACUGAUUGGUUAAGAACUAAAGGUAAUGUUAAAAAACAUUCAACUAUUCUAGAAUAUUGUAUUGAAGCAUUGGCUUAUUUAACACUUAAUGGUUCAAUUAAACAAUCAUUUAGAAAUGAUGAAUCUAUAAUUGAAAAACUUGUAACAUUACUUGAACAAGCUUCACAAGCUACUACAUUAAAUACCAGUUUAACUUAUGGACUUUUACUUAUUUUAACUAAUCUUACUAAAUUAAAGGGGGAGAAUUCCGAUAAGUCAACAUUAAAAUUUCUUAAAGAUUAUGCUAAUGCAGCCACUACUAAACAAUCACAUAAUUCCGAAGAAGAUCAAUCAGUCAUUACUCUCUUUAAUAAAUCCUUACUUAUAGAUCAUCAUAUUGUUGAUAUUAUAUCUCGAUUGAAAACUGUUCAUGAUGAUUCCUCUACUAAAAUGAUUGGAUUAUUACCUCCUGCUAUAAGUAUAAUUGGAAUGAUUUCAUUAACUAAAGAAAAGAAAGUUAAAGAAGAAUUGGUUAAGCAAGGAGCAUUAAAUAUUAUUUUGAAUUUCUUAAUUAAGUAUAGUACAAUUACUAAAACUGAUACUAAUACUAAUAUUGGAGAAACUAGACCUAUUAAUGAAGAUACUACUAUUAUAGAUACUAGAGUUAUGGCCUUACAAGCAUUAGCUAGAAUCAUUAUUUCAGUUAAUCCCUUACUUGCAUUUAAAAAGUAUGAUGUUAAGACUUGUAUACCAUUCUUAGUGGAAUUAUUAGGUCCAGAUAUAUCUCAAUAUACUGAUUCAGGACUUAAUUCUUCUGGCCAGUAUCCUUACUUAUUUGAUUUAUCAUUAGUCGAUAAAUUUGAUGCCUUACUUGCGCUAACUAAUUUAUCAUCAAUAGAUAAUAAUGAUAUUAAGACGCAAAUCAUUACUCGAACCUUUGAACAACAUUUGAAUAAUCUAAUGUUAGAUUCCGAUAAUCCUCAAGUUCAAACGGCAGCAUGGGAAUUGAUUUCUAAUCUUAUUACUGAACCAUUACUACUUGCCAAAUUCUUUAAUAUUGAUGAAUCUAUGCAAAACUCUAAACGAUUAGAAAUCUUAAUUAAACUUAUGAAUUCUCAACAUAUUCAAUUACAAAUAACUAUUGCUGGAUUAUUGGCCAAUGCCACUGAAUUUGAAAUGAUUUCCAGUAUCUUAAUGUCUAAGGAAUCUAUUAGAAAUAAAUUAAUUCAUACUAUUUGUGAGAUUUGUCAAGGUCAAAGUGAUCAAGAUGAUUUAAUUGAACGAAUUGCCUAUAUAUUACUUAACUUAGUGUAUGGAUCGAAUGAUCAAUCCAGACAAUGGUUAGCCACUAACAAUGAACUUAAACAGGCUCUAGCUACAGUCGUGAAAACAUCUACAAGAAGGGAUAUUAUUGAAGUGAUAUUAGAAUCAGUUAAACUAUUAAAGUAAUUGUAAGUUACUCUGACUAACUAUAAGUUAAGAUCUAAAAAUGAAUCAUUCUUUGGGCUAAAGUAUCAUGAUGAACCUCAGUAGCAGUGACUGAUUGUUUAACUUUAUCAUUUUCAAGUUGAACUCGUAUAGCCUUAUGUAAACUAGAUAAAUAAUCGGCAAUAUUAGGUCCACUAGAUGUAGCAAGAGUUCCAUGUAAACUAUCAUCUACAAGAGCUUCUCUAAAUUCAAUUUCGGAUCCAUCAAUUCCUGGUCUAACUAAUUGAAUCCCUCCCAUUUCUAAAGUACUGGUUCCAAUUAAAUAUUCAUUAAAAUAUUGAAUUA